AUGUGGGUUCUGGCCUUAUCUGCCAGAUGGCUCCCGGAGGGGGAUGAUUUAUUAGCUGCCGCAGUGCAAAACGGGCUGGGUGCUGACGUGGCGGCUUUCCCCCCGGGUCCCAUUCUGUCACAGACUCGAGGAGACGGCGGCCGCGGGGAGCGGCUGGGCUGCCGCGGCAGGGACGUGGCCAGCAGUGGACGCCUCACCUGGCCGGGCCGCAGGGGGCGAGGCGGAGGCGGAGCAGGGCCGGGGCUGAGCGCUGCGGGACGUGGAAUCAGCCCCCGGUGA